AUGGAGUCGACCUACCAAUCCCUUGUUCAGCGCAUUCUACGCAAGUGGGACGAAAAGAGAAGCUCGGAACCCGGCACAAUUACGAGACACCCUCGUCUCAUAAUCGCACUCGCGGGCCCGCCGGGUUGCGGCAAGACAACCAUCGCCCGCCAUGUGGCCUCCGCCAUCAACACAUCCCCGGGGCCGCACCCCAAGUCGGUAGUCUUGUCUGCAGACGGCUUUCACUUGCCCCUCGAAGCCCUGCAAGCGCUCCCAAACUCCGCGGAGGCUAUCGCCCGGCGCGGCGCGCCGUGGACCUUUGACGGCCAAGGCGUCGUCGACCUCAUCCGCCAGCUGCGGGCUGCUGCAGGACUGCAGCCCGUUCAGGUCCCGACGUUCGACCACAAGCUGAAGGACCCAGUUCCCUGUGGGCUUACCAUUGACGCGGAUGUAGAGGUCUGCAUCGUCGAGGGAAACUAUCUGCUCGUGGACGAGGAGCCGUGGGAACGGAUUGCAGCGCUCGUGGACGACCGAUGGCUUGUGAGAGUCGAACCGACGCUGGCUCGGGACAGAGUUGCUGCGCGUCACGUUGCGGCUGGAAUCGAAGAGAGUUUGGAGAAGGCAUUGUCGCGGGCGGAAAACAACGACAUGAUCAACGGGGAGCUUGUUGCAAGGCGUAGUGAGGGCAGGUAUGAUUUGCUGGUUGAGAGCAUAGAGCAAACGUCAAACUAG